AUGCUAUAUAAUCACAACAAUUCAAAUAAUAUUAUGCUGAAUUUUUUUCACAGGAAAGACAAAAAUACUGAAAAUGCGACGAACAAAGAAAAAAAUAAUUCUGAUCACAAAAUUACAGAAUUUUUUCCUCUGCGUCGGAGCAAUCGAAAGACUGAGAAGCAGCUUGAGGAAGAAGAACGUAAUGCAAUGGAAAGUGCCAUCUUGACAGGUGGUAACGAAAAGUUUCUUGAAAUCUUCGAAUGCGAGAAAAAAGGUCGUGGGAUUCGUACUCUGCGAAGUUUUCAGAAAAAUGAAUUUGUUGUAGAAUAUAAGGGUAUAUUGGCGAGAAUCCGUGAACGGGAAUAUGCCAAAGAUGAUAAUAUUGGUUCAUUUAUGUAUUUCUUUAAAUAUCAAAAUAAGCAGUUUUGUGUUGAUGCUACUGAUGAAACGCCUUACAAAGGUCGUCUAAUAAAUCAUUCGGUCCUUAGGCCAAAUCUGAAAACAAAGGUUAUCGAACUGAAGGGAUUAAAACAUUUAAUAUUAAUCGCCAAACGAGAUAUUGAAAUCGGUGAAGAAUUACUUUACGAUUAUGGGGACCGAACACCUUGUACUGUUGCAGAAAAUCCGUGGCUUUUAAAUUCGUGA